AUGGCUGCUCCGGAAUGGGACUGGUUCCAACGCGAGGAGCUCAUCGGACAGAUCAGCGACAUCCGAGUCCAGAACCUGCAAGUUGAGAGGGAGAAUGUGCAGAAGAGGACCUUUACUCGGUGGAUAAAUCUGCAUCUAGAGAAGUGCGACCCUCCUCUAGAAGUUAAAGACUUGUUCAUCGACAUACAAGAUGGCAGAAUCCUCAUGGCUCUGUUAGAAGUCCUGUCUGGGCGAAAUCUGCUCCACGAGUACAAAUCCUCGUCCCACCGCAUCUUUCGGUUGAACAACAUAGCGAAAGCCCUUAAGUUUUUGGAAGAUAGCAACGUAAAACUGGUUAGCAUCGACGCGGCAGAAAUAGCAGAUGGCAACCCCUCUUUGGUUCUUGGGCUGAUAUGGAACAUAAUUCUCUUCUUCCAGAUUAAGGAGCUCACGGGCAACCUCAGCAGAAACUCUCCACCUUCCAGCCUGUCACCUGGCUCCGGGGGCACAGACUCAGAUUCCUCCUUCCCUCCCACGCCCACCGCCGAGAGGAGCGUGGUGCUGUCUGUGAAAGACCAGAGGAAGGCCAUCAGGACGCUGCUGGCCUGGGUGCAGAGGAAGACGAGAAAGUACGGCGUGGCGGUGCAGGACUUCGCGGGCAGCUGGAGGAGCGGGCUGGCGUUCCUGGCUGUGAUCAAGGCCAUCGACCCCAGCCUGGUGGACAUGAAGCAGGCCCUGGAGGACUCCAUGCGGGAAAACCUGGAGAAGGCUUUCAGCAUCGCUCAGACCGCCCUUCACAUUCCCAGGCUCCUGGAGCCAGAAGACAUCAUGGUCGACAUGCCGGAUGAGCAGUCUAUCGUGACUUACGUGGCACAGUUUCUAGAACAUUUCCCGGAGCUGGAAGCCGAGGACUUUGUGGAUUCAGAGAGAGAAGCCCCCAUUGAAUCCACCUUUGUCCGCAUUAAGGAAACGCCUUCUGAACAGGAGAGCACAGUCUUCUUUCUGGCUGAGAACGGGGAGCAUGCCUACACCGUGAACCAUGAAACCAGCCACCCCCCGCCCUCCAAAGUCUUUGUCUGUGACAAGCCCGAGAGUGUGAAGGAAUCCUACCUUGGUGGUGUUCCCGGCCAUGUGCUGUCAGCUAGCUGCACCGAGGUCCUACAGCAUAUCAUGGACCAGGACCCCCAAGGGGGCCCAGGUAAGACCACUGGCCUCAGUGAGCCAUGUCCAGAAUCUUCCAUCUUAUCCAGAAAGGACAACCUCAGGUCCAAUUCUCUGCCAGUCAAGAAAACGGUGCACUUUGAGGCCGACACCUAUAAGGAGGCUUCCCGCAGUAAGGACCCUUUCCACACUCAAGACUUUGGCUUUGAAGGGAGCCCAAGAGGGACGAAGGAGUUGUUGAAGCAGGAUGGGUAUGUCUCGGAGGUCACCGAGGAAAAGUCGAAACAGGAAGUCCCCAAGAGCCCCGAAGCAGCCUCUGACAAGACCCUAGGUGAUGUUUCCUUAGCAGACAGUCAGAUCGGUCAUUCUCAGAGUUCCCCCAGUUCUCCCUCCGGGACUGGGGCAUCCGAGAGGGCAGCCAGCCUGGGGGAAGAGAGCCGCCCCCCUUCACCCUUUGGAGAGGGUACUGUUGUGGCCGAUUCCUUGGAGAUCACUGUUCAACUGCAGACCGUGGAAGCUAUGGACGAAGAAGACAAUUUCGAAGGCAUACCAUUAAAAGCCUCUAAAUUUAACAGUGACCUCGUUGAUUUUGCCUCCACCAGCCAGUCUUUCCACGAGGAUCCCUGUCCUGAAAAGAAACCCGCCGAUGGUGAGGUCUCCGAGGCGCACGCGGAGAAGCUGGGUAAAAGGAGAGCUAAAUCCGCCCACCGAAAGGACGAUUCGGACGAGCCCCCGGGGAGGCCUCGCAGGGACCCCGGACCAGAAGACCAGGACUACUUCUCGGCCCUGGAGGAGGCACCGGUGGAGAAGAAGCCCGAGGUGUACGAAAAGGCGAAGCGCAAGUCCCCGCGCCGCUGGUGCGAGGAGGAAGGGGAGGCGGCAGGGCCCCUGGAGCCCGACAGGGAACUGCCUUCCACCCCGCCCAGCAGCUGCGUCAGCCUGGAGACCCUGGGCAGUCGCAGCGAAGAAGGCCUGGAUUUCAAGCCCUCCCCGCCCCUGUCCAAGAUCUCCGUCAUCCCCCACGACCUCUUCUACUACCCGCAUUACGAGGUUCCCCUGGCUGCCGUUUUGGAGGCUUAUGCGGAAGGCACAGAGGAUUUUAAAAACGAAGAGAUGGACUUUGAAGAAGCGGAGGACUAUCUGUAUGAGCCGAAGCCCAGGGAGGAGGAGGACGAGGAGGAGGAGGGGCCCGAGGAGCUGGAGAGCUGCGAGAGCAGCGACAGCUUCUGGAGGCUUUGCAAGGACCCCCCUUAUUCCACCAUCCAGAAGCCCAGUCUGGACUGCGGUGCAGAGGGUGCCAAACCAGCCUCGGAGCCCACUGCCCCGCCCGCCCGAGAGGACCACCAGCACAGGGAGGCUGAGGACGGUGCCCCCAUGGAGAGCCAUAAAUCCCAGGAAUCCCCAAACUUAGCAAACCCUUUAGAAGACAAGGUGAUGGAAGAAUCAGUCAGCAGUAAAAAAAAGGAAAAAAAGAAGCAUGUGGACCAAGUAGAAAGUUCAAUAUUUAUAGCGCCUGAAAGUGUUCAAUCCUCGGAUGACCUAGAAGAAGACACCGGCACCCACCGAGUCCUCUCCAGGACUAGCCACAGUGACUCCAGCAUUUACAUUCGACGACAUGCUAAUAGGUCUUUGGAAUCGGAUCAUUCUAGCUAUGUUCAAUUGAGGAAUGCAGCCGAUCUGGAUGACAGGAGAAACCGAAUGUUAACCAGGAAGGCCAACCACUCUGGAGAAGCCACGCUGCGGGAGAGCCAGAACCUGGACAGCGACUCCCUGACGCAGUUCGUCCAGCAGCCGGACAUGAUGUAUUUCAUCCUCUUCCUCUGGCUCCUGGUGUACUGUCUGCUGCUCUUCCCACAACUGGACGUCAACCGGCUCUGA